UUUGCAGAAAUAUCUAUAAGCGUUGUUUUAACAGAUAGUGCGGCUAUGUUGACUUUCUCUGUUUUUUACUGACGCGAAAUGCCAGAAGGCGAAGAAUUUUGGAAUAUCAAAACCCAUUGUGUUUCACAAGCCAUUAGAAAAUAGGAGUUUUACGAAGAAAUGGCAAUGAUUAGGGGACGGAAAAUUCGGGUUGAAAAGAAAGAAAGAGACUUUGAAAUCGAUAGGAGCAGUCCAAACGGAAAGAAUUGUUCCGCUCCCUUGGCUCGUUUAAAGCAGCAACGGCGUCUUACUAUUGGUUACUCAAAAACUCCCGAAAAAUUAUUGGAGCCCAUCGAAGACCCUGACCCAUUUUACAAAGACAAAAAGACUUUUCUUGUCUUGAAUGAAAACCGUCUCAUCUUUCGGUUCAGCGAGGAAAAAUCUCUGUACUUGUUUGGACGUGAAAGCAGAUUCAGACGACAUUUUAUCAACAUAUUGGUCAACAAGUGGUUCAAUGGCAUCGUCAUCGUCACAAUUCUGAUAAACUGCUUAGUCAUGAUGAUUACGGGAAACGAUAAACCACAAUGGUCCGAAAAAUAUGUCGAGCAUAUAUUCACUGCUAUUUACACUAUCGAAGCGGCUGUUAAAAUCGUGGGACGUGGGUUCGUUUUGCAUCGAUUCAGUUACCUUAGAGACCCUUGGAACUGGCUGGAUUUUAUCGUUAUCAUUGCCGCGUAUGUUUUGGUCAUUAUAUCUCAAACUUCAGCUGGCGAUGCCUCCAAGAUCAGUAGUCUUACAUUCCUGAGGGCGAUUCGGGUUCUCAGGGUUUUUAAAACGGUCUCGGUAAUACCAGGUCUCCGUAUGAUCGUAUCGGCUUUAGUUGCUUCCACAAAGGCACUCAAAGAUGCGAUGUUGUUAAGUCUGCUCGGUUUCUCAAUGUUUUCCUUGGUCGGAUUUCAGUUUUUCCGCGGUACAUUACACCACAAAUGUGUUCUCCGUCCACCUGCCUUACUCCCAUAUCCACCUAUGUGUUACGAAACGUAUGGAAUGAACCAAAACAAUUCUACCACGUCUUUAUGCAAAAUGAAUGAAGUUUACGGGAAAGUAAUAUUGUCUAAUUUUGGGUCACAAGUGAUGGAGGAAAUGACGUACUUGGAUGACGUGUUUCGGGCUUCGCAAAACCAAACCACCUACAUGUUUUCAUCCGGUACAUUUGAACAGCUGACCAAUUCUUCGAUAGCUACUGCAGUGCUGCCGACAGAAUCGAGCUUAAGUUUCACAACGGUCAACACUGAAAUAUGGGACAGUUCGAAUUCUACCAUAGAAAAAGGCCAGUGUCCAGUUGUACAAGGACUUCUGCCUUGGAAGUUUCAAAAAUCUAAAAUUCCAAAGUUCAACUCAACAAAUUACAAAUUCGAUUGGAAAACAUGGACAACAAAUCCUCAGAAAUAUUUAAAAAACGGAGUGGCGUACCAAUUAUGCGGCAACCUUACUGGAACACUUCAAUGUCCAGCUUACACAAUGUGUUUAAAAGUUGGAUCAAAUCCGAACUUUGGUUUCACAAGUUUCGACAAUUUUCCGUUCGCUUUCCUUUCUGUAUUCCGACUUUCUUUGCAAGACAAUUGGGAGGAAUUAUAUCUACAAGUACUAGAAACAAGCGGUCCGGUGUCCGUCCUCUUUUUCCUCACAAUGAUCUUCCUUGGAAGUUAUUAUCUUGUUAAUCUGAUCCUCGCUGUGGUCGCAUCAUCAUACGAAGGGCAGAGGAAGAGUGUUGAAAAUGCUCUCGAGGUAGAAAAAGUGGAACUACUCAAUGAAAAAGAAAUUUUAACAAAGCGACGAAACGCAGCCCGUACAGUGGUCGCGUUCAAAGCAGACGAUUUGCAGAUUCAGAAAAAGCGAUUUUACCAUUUGCGAUCGUGGUAUAAAUGCGGAGAUAUUAUGAUAAAGUGGUCAUGCUGCGAAGGUAGUAGCAUCAUCUGCCGCAUACGCAGCAAACUGCACAAGUUCUUCACGGCCUCAGCGGCCGAAAUGAUCACUGUUACACUUGUGGUUCUUAACACGCUUUUUAUGGCGAUGGAAAAAGAACCGAAAGACGAUAUAUUUAAAAACUUGCUCUACUAUUCAAACGUGGUGUUCACGGCUUUAUUCGCCAUCGAAAUGGCUCUCAAAAUCUUCGCCCUUUCGCCUUACAAUUACUUUAAAGCAGCGUGGAACAUAUUUGACUUCGUAGUUGUUACACUGAGUGUGUUUGAAUUAAUUGUGUCGGACAAAUUACCGGAUGGUUUAUCUGUACUAAGAACAUUUCGACUCAUACGUCUGGUUCGAAUACUCAAGCUGGCAAAGUCGUGGCCAACUCUCAGCAAACUGAUGCAGAUGAUUGCCGACUCGCUCAGUAAAGUCGGAUAUCUCACUCUUGUCUUACUAAUAGUGUUGGUUAUCUUUGCUUUGGCAGGAAUGCAAACUAUUGGCACCCAGUUCUUUAUGGACAGAACCACGGGCCUGCCGUUGCGAUGGCAUAUGAACAGUUUUCCACACGCGUUCUUGGUCGUGUUUCGAAUCCAGUGUGGAGAAUGGAUACAGAGCAUGUGGAGUUGCAUGAACUCUGUUCGUACAGAAGGUUCAGAUGGUCUUAUUCCCGUGUGUUUGUUUAUAUUUAUCGGCGUCGUAUUCGUUGGGAACUUGGUGGUGCUGAAUCUGUUUCUUGCGUUGCUUCUCAAUUCGUUCAACAGCGACGCUUUAAAUGCCGGAGGUACCAAUCGUAGCGGGGCUCGAAAAUUUCUCAAAUCGUUGCGAAAUGCUGGAAUGAAGGCAUUACCCAAACUACCUGCACCAAUCAAAAGAAAACGAAAAGUUUGCCCGAGUUCCAGCAGAAGUACUACAGACUCGGAAAACUCUUUGGAAAAAACUACUCCACCAGCUAUACAUGUCAGAGAUGCUCAGAAUGAAAAUGGGCAUAACAGCAACAAUAUAUCGAACUAUAGUCGUGAACUGACCAAUGGCAUCCGAAUGAAUGGCAAGACAUUAGCAAACGCAACCCCAGACACUCCAUCAAAACGAACUGAAUCCAUGGACACAGUUGAACACAAUUCUGACGACUGGAAACCCGAUAUAGCAUUACCGAUGACGUUCUUACGCAACAAUAAUGAAUAUCACCAUGAAGUAGCCGCAAAUGAGCAGCAUUCAAACGGACAUAAACACACUCCCCCAAUGCCCACCAAGUCAUGCAACGGAGAUCUACCUGCAAAGGAGCAUUGGACUAUUACAGUAUCUCGCAAGUGUGGGCUCUCAUGGGUGAAACUGAAGGAAAAAUGGUGCAAAUUUCGCAUGACAAUGAACAUGGUGGUGCAACACAAUAUCUUCGAAAGUUUCAUUAUCUUUGUCAUUCUUCUCAGCAGUGUAGCGCUGGUAUUCGAUGAUGUCACGUUACCAUCGAAGCCCAAAUUUAAGUUUAUUCUUGGCGUAUUCGAUCGGAUAUUUACAGCAAUAUUUGUGGUUGAGAUGCUUAUGAAGUGGGUUGGCUUCGGAUUGAAAAAAUAUUUCACUAAUGGAUGGUGUCUGCUUGACUUCUUUAUCGUAGUGGUAUCAUUGGUUUCUCUGUCCUUGGAGAUUAUUGCAAUGCAACAACAAGGAAAGAGCAACACAGACCUUUCAUCAUUAAGGGUGCUGAGAAGUCUUCGGGCAUUUCGACCUCUUAGAGCAAUGUCUAGAUUUGAAGGGAUCAAGGUUGUAACUGAUGCUCUGUUUCGUUCAAUUCCAUCAAUUCUCAAUGUAUUUGUUAUCUGCUUAAUUUUCUGGCUUAUCUUUGCUAUUAUGGGGGUGAAUCUAUUUGCCGGAAAAAUGGCCUCUUGCAAAUGGAAAGCCACUGGAGAAAAAGUCUGGCAUAAAACAGAUUACAAAAAUUACCCAGAGCUGGCAGAGCGAUACCCUCCCCCUCCAAUAGAUGUUGUUGAUAUAGAUAGUUGUUUAUGUUUGGCCAACAUUACUGGGGGAAAAGUUCAUUGGACAAAUCUGCCCAUCAACUUUGACAAUGUUUUUAUUGCCUACAUUGCACUGCUGCAGGUUGCCACAUUUAAGGGUUGGAUGCCGAUCAUGUACGCUGCAGUAGAUGCUCCAACUAAGGUUGGAUUGCAACCCGUUAGAGAUGCAAACAUCUACAACUAUUUCUUCUUUGUUGCUUUCAUCAUAUUUGGAGCUUUCUUUACUCUCAAUCUUUUUAUAUCAGUCGUGAUUGACAAUUUUAAUCAACAGAAGAAGAAGUUUGAGUUUGCUGGCACAGAACUCUUUCUUACUGAUACUCAAAAAAGGGUUUACAAUGCCAUGAAGAAACUGAAAGCCAAACUUCCCAAAACUUUGUUCCCUGUCCCCAAAGCUCCAUGGAGGGAACGUCUAUACUUGUUCACUACUGGGGAUAAGUUUGAACUUGGAGUGAUGGUUAUUACCAUUCUUAACUUACUAGCUAUGGCUCUGGAAUAUGAAGGGAUGAGUCCAGAUUACCAGAGCGUGAUUAAAAACAUCAACUAUGGAUUUGUUGUUGUGUUUACCCUAGAGAUCGUGAUACGAAUAAUCGCGAUGGGAAAAUCAUAUUUCUAUGUUCCAUGGAAUGUGUUUGACUUUCUCCUCAUUCUUGCUUCUGUACUUGCAAAUGCCAUUCCCAUAAUUAUCACCCAUACGAACCCUAACACUGUGAGUACGGUGACCUCCACACCGUGGCUCCCUAUGUUCCGGAUGGUGCGUGUGGCCCGCAUCCUCCGGGUAGCUCGCGUUGCUAGUGGCAUCCGGACUUUGCUCUUCGCUCUGAUGCUCUCUGCUCCUGCUCUUUUUAACGUUGGAAGUCUUCUUUUCCUCUUCGUUUUUAUCUACGCCAUCUUCGGGAUGAACCAGUUUGCUCUUGUGGAGAAAAAGGGAGCAAUUAACGAUAUUUUAAACUUUGAAACAUUCCCAAAUACUUUUUUACUUCUAUUCCAGAUGUCAACUUCUGCUGGUUGGGAUGGUUUUAUGGAACCAACAUUGUAUGUGGAAGGCAAUCCAGCUUGUGUGGAUAGUAAAAAUGGAGAGAAAGGAACCUGCAUGUCAACUUCAUUUGUUGGAUACUUUUACUUUGUCAGCUACCUUCUUGUGACUUUUGUGAUCAUAACGAACAUGUAUAUCGCGAUUAUCCUUGAAAACUUUGAUCUUGCUACUAAAGACAAUGAAGAAGCUGUAACAGCUGAUGACUUUGAGCAUUUCUUUGAUAUGUGGCAACGUUAUGAUAAAAAUGGAAAUGGAAAACUCACUGUGACGGAGUUAAGUGAAUUACUUCAUAAUAUUGAUCGACCGUUGAGGAUACGGAAGCCAAAUAAGCACCAUAUCGCAAACAUGAGAAUACCCAUGGAUUCAGAAGGCGAGAUAUACCUGUUAGAUGUAGCUUCUGCUUUAACAAAGAAGAUUAUAGGUACCGACGGUUUCACCGACGAGACAGAGUCUGAACUCCGAUCUUACUACAAGCGUAAGUGUCGAGGUUCACUUCGUUCAGAAAGCCGCACGAAAGUAACCAACACAUACGAUUACGUAAUGAACAUCGACGACUCCCCUAACAACGUCAUUGAUCGCGUCAUUGCUUCUCCGCUGACGAUUGAGGUCAGUCGGAAUGAUGGUUACGUCACAAACGACAUUGUGACAAAAGCAGACAUUCACCCGACCCGAGAAAUGCAGGUCGUACUCCCCGCUUUCCAUGAGCAGGCUAAAUCUGCUCAAAUUGUGACGUCACCCACCUCUGACGUCACGUCAUACACCCUUGCCGCCACCGAGCGGCCGGUGAAUGGGUUGAAAAUUGAAGACGAAUUGAAAGCAAGCCGAAACAGAAAUAGCAACUGCAGCCGAAACCCGAGGACACUUAACGGGGAAGUAGGUAACGCUACUGUCAAUACACUGAAGACUUUAUGCGCAAUUUCGCUACGUAUUCAACUCACGGAAAAUAAUGCAAGCCACCACACUGUACACGACAAUUCCAGACACAACAGUCGUUUUGACCGCCACGAGAUUUUUUCACCGUGGCUGUCAAUGUCACGGCGCGUUCGGUCACGUGAGGGAAACAGUCACGGCUGGUUGAACUCAAGCCCCCGCUCGAAUAAACUGCCCGUGCCGCAUCGUGACGAUCCCGAAUCAAAUCAUUGUUAAUCUAUAUACUUUACAACUAAUAUACUUUGCCUUAUACUGUCUCGUGGCCCACGCAGCGUUCUGCGAAGACACAUCCUCACGCAGAAGUACUCGUUUUACUAUUUUAUUGUCAGAAGUCAAAGAAGUGGACGAAACUGAACAAUAUACCACAUACAUACCGCC